CGGAUCUCGCCAGUGUACGCAUAAGUGACGUGUCACCAAGUACUUAGGUGCAUAUAUGUACCUAUCGAACGUAUCCAACUCUACAUCCGGACAUGACUUACAGUAUUCAUCAAAAACAUCAACACUAUGAACAAUGAGCAAAAUAGACGAUAACACUGGUUACGAUAACUCCAAUGCCAUUACUAGAAAUAUCCAUAAUGAUUACAAACUUGACUUGACGGACCUACCUAACGAUGUCUUUUUUCUUAUAUGUUCUUACCUCUCGCCGCAGGAUUGCGUGCGUUGUCGCCGAGUGAGCCGGUUAUGGUUUCGAGUAUUUGCAAGUGAGGACACCUCACGGAGUUUUAUGAGAUGGUAUUUCCCCCGAUGUCGCGAAAUGCGGCAAUUCGCCGAGGAGCCGGAGCCGGAGCGGGAAGCGGAUGAGAAACCGAACUGGUCUCGCAUCUUCGCCAACGUAGCAAGAAGAUACUUCUGCCUGCGUUCCGCAAAACCGCGAUCGGUUGGGAAAAUCAUGCUCCUUCGAUCACCCGAUAACUGGCUUCCUGUCGAUCCUUGGUUUCGCCGGCUGUACUGCGACCACAAAAUUGUUGUCUUUGAUUAUUUUGAACCGAGCUGGACCGUGGAUCGCGGGUUGCUGGUAUAUCUAGACCCUAUUCCGGAACGAUUCAUUGCGUUUGACUUGGAGACUCGAAAUGGAGUCUCUGUUCCUUUUGAUACCGAGGGGAAAUAUCUCCGGCGCGUGCGGCUUGCCUGCGAUGUGUUGAUUAUCGAAUGGUGCGAGGACAGACCCUGUAAAGAACAAACGAGUGAUGAAGAUUUUUAUCGCCAUUUCACCACCGCGUUUGAUGUCGUGAGGCGGCCAUAUUCAAGCACUUGGGAUAUCACCUUCCGCUCUGAAUGGCAGUUUCACCCCGCUUGCAUCACUAUCACCUACUAUCACCGUUUUUUCUCUGUUCAUACUUCUACUCACUACGCCCUGUAUUUAUGGACAUCUGAGGACUCAGAACAGAACUUGCUUAGUCCCCGAGAAGAGCUCAUCAUCUGGGACAUUUCUAAGCCAUCUCCUUACCGAGUGUCGCUCGAUCCAAGCGGGGUUAACAAACCCGUGCCUGGCUCCAGUGAACAAGGUCCGGUGGUCAUCAAUAAGUUUUCGCAUGGGGAUCUAAACUUCUUAGGCCUACUGCAGAGGAACAGGCCACGCUUACUAGAAAUUCUGCUUGACGAAGCAAAUGUGUAUUUCCACGAAGAAGACCAUCCCUGGCUCGUAGGUGCGGAAUCAAAUCCAUCGCCACCUCGCCAUCAUCAAGUACGUUGCACAGGGUUUCCCUUUUCGGGAAUUGGACCUCGCUGGUUUGACGAGUGCUGUGCUGAUGGCGAUGUAUCCAUGAGCUUCUGCCCGCGCGCCGGAUCGCUGUCGCGCGCCCUAGGGAACCGACCCCCGGGUUUCAGUGACAGCAAGAGUGGGACGUGGCCUGGCUGGGCGCCCUGCUGGCGACAUGAGGAGUUCCCGUACUUAACUGUGAGCCAUGUGGUGGAUGCUGCUGCCGGCGUCAGGAUUGUGGCAAGACAGUGCUUCAUGAUGAAGGUCCUGUCGUCAUUCGUGCCCCCCAAAAUCAGCGUUCAAGAGGAGCGAAAUGGCGGUUCGGGGAUAGAAGACCAGCUGGUUGAGGUUAGGUUCGAGGAUGCAAUGUGGCAUAGGCUGCUGCGGAGUGGGAAGAUAAUGGGGGAUGAGCGGUGGGUGGUUGGUGACGAAUCUGAUCGAUCGAUUACCAUUGUGCGGUUUUGAUGGUACCAUAAACAGCUUCGCCGCGCAAAUUUCGGCCGUUCACAAACACGAUCCUAAACAAAGACGACUUAAGUAUCGCCAGGUUCUACUACUUUGCUUAGAUCGCAGCUCUCGCCGCAGGUUUCAGCAAGUCCCAUGGCUAAACUAGAACCAUGUCCUAUCAUACCCUCGGAAAUGCGAGGAAGCUAAGAUGGCCUCAUCUUAAGACGAACAGCUCAGACAAGGAAAAGGGUAGUACCUAGUAACCGAUCCAUCGUCUUAUUUUCGAUUAGUAGAGCACCUUGCAAUAUUACACAAUACAUUAGGUAUAUCCCUUCUUGCAACUUUCUAACGGAAAUGUUAUAUCCAUUUUGUUAUUUUUACCACUGUCAACAUAGGGCGUAAGUCUCCGACCCAAGUCCGUAUCGGCCCCUCCCGGACUGCAGCGGAGAUGCAGGAAAUUCCUCGU